AUGGACGGUUACACAAAGUUGGGGAAAAUUGGCCCUUUGGGAUUGAGGUCAGACGAGACCGCAGCGAGCAGACCGGCAGAGUUCUCGGUGCGCUCUCUGUGGAAAGACACUUCGCGCGAAGGCUUCAUGGCCAUGAUCCUGGAUGUCUCAGCCCAGAUGCCUGCAACCGUGGGGAUCCGAGGUGAUCCUGAGCAAUCUUUCUAUCUUCUGGCCAAGUAUAGCUCCCAGAGGCUGGGUCGGAAUGUUUGCUUUAGUGCGAAUCCGAGGAUCUACACGGCAGGGACGAGAUUGGGCUUGGGCGCCAUGUACCAGAUCAGUUCCUUGCAGGCUGCGUUCCCUCAGUAUGGCUUGGCUUGGGUCAUCGGACUGACAUACGUCCUGCGACUCAGAGGUACUCAGCUGGUCUCCGAGGGAGAGUAUACGCAGUUCCGCGGCUUGUUUCGACUGGCGACGGUCUACUCGUUGCUGCUCGUCGUCGCCGUCGCGGCAUCUGUCAUCCCCUACAGUGAUGCACUGUCCUUUCUCCAAGCAGAGCAAGCCUGUGAGUACGCUUCGGAUCUUUCUUGCCUUCCUCACUACAGCAGCAUAUUUGGUGGCGGCCACAUGAAAGGCGACACCCUCCAGCAGGCCUUUCUGUACUUUUUCACGCCUGUCUUGAUUGCGCGGUGCUUUUACCAGGUUUUCAAAGCCGGGAUGUACGUGUGCUUGGACUGGAGCUUCAUGGCCAAAGUGGGCCUGAUCUCCUUGUCAUGCAUCUUCGUGCCGGCGAUCCUUGUUGCUGUUUGGGGUCUAGGCACAGCCUCAGCGAUCUUCGUCGCGAUGUAUUUGCCCUGGCUUUUCAUGACCGGCGCCUUCAUGCUGCGGACGCGGCAUAACAUCAAGAAGAUGCUGGCAGGGAAGUCGGGCCCGUGGCUGAAGACACCAGCCGAGUACAAAGACUCAGCAAACGCGAUCGACGCGGAGGCAGAGACGCCUGCCCCACCGGGUGCCUACGACUUCGACCUCUUCGUCCUGGGCGGCGGAAGUGGCGGCUGCGCCGCUGCUUUGGAAGCAGCCAGGAAGACGUGUGAUUAA